UAACUGCAGCAACAUGUCGAGCCGGGUGCCUAUUUUUGUUUUGGUUAUCCUAUUGAUUAUACUCUUGUCGGAAAUAAGAAGUGAACAGCAAGGCGCCGAAACUCAUUUGGAGGACGCCAGUCAAGAGCUUCAAUCUAUUUUGGAGAGCAUAAGUCAACACGAGCGUCAGAGAGUACAAGAAAUUAAUGAUAACUCGAAAUUGGAUAACAGAAAACAGCGACCCAAUAGCAAGAGAUUAAGAUGGAAUCGAAAAACGACUAUUCCAAAUCGCAAGGAUCUUGGAAAAUUGGAACAUAGAGCAUUUGUUACCUCCUCCUCGUUAUCUCAGCAACAAACCAAUUCGGAUUAUAUUAAUGUAAAUAAUUAUUUGCCCACCCCUGCUCCAUGGUGGUUUAACUAACCGUUGAGUUUACUUACAUUUUUUUGUAACCUUUGCAUAUCUUAUUCGUUGAGAACUAAGCAAUAAUACAAACAUUUUUUUGAUUAUUCCAUACAUAUUAGCUUAUCGUACGUUAUUUUAUUUUUAAGUGAAAAGGUUUUCAACCAAAUACAGCACUUAUUUCGAUAC